AGUAUGUUCAUUGUCAGAACUCAAUAUAAAAAUCUCAAUUUAUUUCAAUGUUUCAUGUUUGUGGAUGUGUAUAUUUUGUGAGUUUUGUGAAGUUCACAGUGACUUGUGUAUUAAAAUAAAUACGAAGUCUAAAAUCCAUCACAAGAAUGACAGGAAAAUUAUGAAGCGAACUAGUUUUUACGCAACACAAUAAGGCCAUGUUGAUAGUUUACCAAAAAUGACUUGAUAACAUUUCGCUUUUCCAAGUCAAUUUGUGUUAAAAAAAAUAUUAUAGUUAAAACUUAUUCAAACUAACAACAGAAAUGGAUGAGCGAAGAGUAGCUGACUAUUUCGUGGUUGCUGGCCUCCCCGAGGAACCCGAAGUACUUGAUGAUUCUGAUUCUGGACACCUGAAGGGAUAUAGUACUAAAGCACCCAUAACUGAUAUUGGCGUAAUAUUCCCCGGUCUUGAUGAGAAAUUGCCACAUGAUUAUGAGUUACUGGAGUAUACACCAACAGGUCUACCCGCGGAUUUGAACCAUGGAUCCAUACAAUCACCAGUGUGUUUCUUAUGUAUACGACGUGGCCGGGACAAAGCACCACUGGUGGAUAUUGGUGUCAUGUACGAUGGUAGAGAACGUCUCAUGGCUGACGCGGAGAUGGUCCGUAAAUCCGUGGGUGGCAGAGUGGCGAAUGUAAAUAACUCCAAAGCCAUAACCUACAUCACCUACCGUCGAGCCCAUCCCACUGCUCCCUGCAAUGCCCUGGUCGUGGUGGACAUUUGUGUCAUUGUCACCAGCAGGGGGGAGACACCUCCCCAUGCCUUUUGUAUGAUUGGAAAGAAUUUGAAUAAAGGGCUAAUGGGUAGCGAUGUGUUCCUCUGUUACAAGAAGUCCAUGAACCGGCCACCGCUAAUAGCAUUCAAACCGGAAGUUUUAUUUAGGUAUCCUACAGUGGACCGUCGUAGUAUGGAGUUCCCGUCAUCAGUGCCGUUAUUCUGUGUGCCGAUGGGUGCUACCUUGGAACUAUGGCCCAAUACUGCGUCAGCACCUAAACCUGUCUUCUCAACGUUCGUCCUCACUGUUGCUGAUGCUACUGAUAAGGUAUACGGUUCAGCGGUAACAUUUUACGAGAAUUACUCGCAUACGAAACUAAUGGAAGGACAUGAGGAGCUUCUUGGGUGGAGGUCUGGAGUUUCUCAAAACACGCAUUCGUUGCACGCAAAUAAAUGCAUCUGUCUUUUGUCGAGAUGGCCGUUUAGCGAUUCGUUUGAACGAUGGCUGUUGUAUAUACUAGAACUGUCAUUGAGUAAGGAACCUCUCAGUAUACCGAUUGAGAGAUAUAUAACACAUUUAUUAGAAGAGGUGCCAUUUCCGGAGCCGCGUAUCUUAUUACAGCUUUCGCCAACGAAUCCUCACGACAGAGUGAUUGUAACAAGACGUGAUGAUCAACCAUUAGUACGAAGUGGUGCUGGUUUCAGACAGUUACUACUCAAUUUGGGACCUGAUAACUGUCUUCUACUGCUUGCACUCGCAUUGACUGAACAGAAAAUACUAAUACAUUCAUUGAGACCAGAUACAUUGACAGCUGUAUCGGAAGCGGUUUCCAGUCUGCUAUUUCCGUUCAAAUGGCAGUGUCCCUAUAUACCUCUGUGUCCAUUAGGUUUAGCGGAAGUUCUCCACGCACCCUUGCCGUAUCUAAUAGGAGUCGAUUCGAGGUUUUUUGACCUUUAUGAGCCACCGCCGGAUGUGACGUGUGUCGAUUUGGACACUAAUAAUAUAACGAUUUGUGAAUCACAAAGGCAUAUUUCAUUAAAAUUGUUACCAAAAAGUCACGCUAGGACUCUUAAGCAGACCCUUGAACAACUCUUCGCAAAUAUUCGACCAACAUCACCCGUCCAUUACCCGAAUAAUAGUAAGUACAACGGUGAAACAACCACAAGCUUAGAUAGGGAUUUCCAAAAACGGAAGAAGGAGCAAGCAUUGGAACUAAAAAUCCAAGAGGCGUUUCUACGCUUCAUGGCAGUUACGCUAGAGGGCUAUCGCCGGUAUCUUAUACCCAUUACAAAGGCACCCACCGUGGGAACUACAGACCCUCAUGCGUUGUUUCAAAUGGACGCGUUUCUUAAGUCUAGAGAUAAGACCCAACAACGUUUCUUAACAUUAAUAAUGCGUACGCAAAUGUUUACGCGUUUCAUUGAAGAGCGUUCGUUCGUUUGCGACGGCGCAGAUCAAGGGUUGACAUUCUUCGACGAAUGUAUUGAAAGGGUCGGUUCUAAUGAGCCAUUGCUCGACCUUGAUACUGGCAACACAUCCGAAAGGACUGUGUUUGUCCUGCCCCCGGAUCCACCUGACCUGGAAGAGACGUACACCUACGAAAAAUUCAUAUUAGAUGUGAAUCUGGUGAAUCGAUGUAAGCAAUGCGCACGGGGAGCUAUCCAAGCUCUUCCUAGUGCGGCUCUUGCGUCUGCUGAAUCGUUGGCAGAUGCCUCUCCAAUGGCGAGAAGGACAAAACAUGAAAUUGCAGCUGCUCAGAGAUUGGCGCGUAAAGCAAGUUUAUCCCCCGAAGCAUGGGCCAAAUGUCUUCUUGGCACGUGUUACUCGCUUUACUUCUUGGCUUUGCCGUGUCGACUUAUAUUGCAUCGCGGACGUGAGCACGCCACUUUGCGCGCUGCUUACGAACUCCUUGAACGGGCGACUAAGUUACGCGUACCUUGUGAUGAGGUGUGUUACCGAGUGAUGAUGCAGCUUUGUGGCAUCCACUCACUGCCGGUGUUGGCUGUUCAACUUUUAUUCCUGAUGAAGCGAGCUGGUCUUCAACCCAAUGCUCUGACGUAUGGGUACUAUAAUCAAUGCGUCUUGGAAGCCGCUUGGCCAAAGGAUAUGCCUAGCGGUUCUCAACUGCUAUGGAAUAAGUUACGUAUAGCCGUGAUGGGCGCGGCCUUAUUCCGUGCGGCGGGUGCGCAACGAGCCAGUCGAGCAACGGGGAAUGUCGCAUCUUCUGGUACUGGUGGUACUUUACCACGCGUCCGUACUGUGGCAGGAGAAGGUUCAGAGUUAUCCGCCUUGGUUUUAGCUGAACCUAUGCGAAGUCGGACCAGUUUAGAUUCCGUGUGUGUACGUGAAGCAGAAGCGUGCGCGAACGCGUUCGAUGCCUUGUGUCGUCGUGGGAACAUAGUACGGACGAACACGAACGCACGACCGCAUACUCGGGCUCAUGGCAUUUCCGCCCACGCGGGAAUACUUAUAUCUGGCCUUCCAUCAGAUCCUGAUCUCAGCGAAACGUCGCGUCCCAGAAGUAACUCUUUAGGUAAUGACGAACCCGAGCCAUCGGUGCCUAUAUCUGAGAAGAGACAGACUAUCCACGUAAGUCCAGAAAGUCCGUCAGAUCUGCGCAUAUUGACACGGUCGGAGAGUUUUGCGGGAGACGCUCAAAUCGUUCAGAACCUGCAAAGGCUUGCAUUUGGUAAUACGAAUCCAAAAACCCGUUGUACUAGAGCCCUGAGCUUCCCAGAGGAGUCCGAGCGAGACUUGACUCCCGUACCGAAUGAAUUGAAGAAUCAACAGUCUCCGCUUAAAUUAUCCCCCCGAACACCCGUAUUAUCAGAUGACCCCUUGGGAGCGUUAUCUCAAGACGAGCCACUAAUGCCACCUGAGCCCCGUAUAGAAGAGCCACCUCCACCUAAACACGAAUUGAGCGUCAGCCCAAAACUGUUUCAUAGACGGAGCAACUCCUUCCAGGACGAACCCCAAGAAACGACCGGGAAACUGCAUAGGAGCGAGACGGCGCCAGCUACUGUGUCAAGCCUUGUCAGUCUUGGGAACUCGCUCAAGAUUAGUUUUGGGCGGUAUUCGCCCAGUCGCCUCUCGUUGCGUAAAGACAUGAAAAUCGGAAAAGAAAUUAUUGAAAGUUACUUCAGUCCAACAAGUAUAGCUGGAAAGAAGUCGAACGAAUUGCUACAAAGCGGUCUUAGUAGCCUCAAAUCGGCUGCCACCAGUAUGGCGAAGAAGUUUGACGAAAUGAAGGAAGUUAUAUCCGCUAACUCUACGCCGGUUAAGGUUAAAGGCGCUAUAGGAAACGCAACCAGUGCUUUGACCAGCUUCAUUACGGAGGAAGACUCGACUGACGGAUCAUCAGAAUUUAAUACCGAAGAUUGGUCAGGCGCACCAGGCUUCAGACGGGCUUCGAGUGAUGCGGAACUAGCGUGCAGUAUGGAACGUGGGUCACUGGCGACGCUUUUGUCACAUCUUCCCGACAAUUUAUAUCCGCAGCAAAAUGAGAACAAUAAAGACGCGUCAGUCAUAGUACAAAUGACAUCUUGUUCCCAAUGCCACCAAUGCCUGGCUUGGCUCUACGACGAAGACAUAAUGGCUGGUUGGGCGGCCGAUGACUCCAAUCUUAACACUCGGUGUACUGCUUGCGGGAGACAUACCGUGCCGUUGCUCUCCAUACAGAUUAUAAGAGCAGAGCAAACACAGUCGGAGACCUUGAGUGUGCCUUAUUUGAAUCCGUUGGUGCUGAGAAAAGAGUUUGAAUCUAUUCUAGGUAGAGAAGGAGACGCAAGUUUAGCGGAGCCAGAGUUUGUUGAGUCCCAUCCCAUUGUUUAUUGGAACUUGGUGUGGUUUUUGGAAAGGGCCAAUAUUGAAAACCAUUUACCAGACCUGGUGUGCCCAAAUUACUCGUCGCGGUACACCAGCUCGGACGCCCUUUCUGAUACGGAUAAAGUUGGGGGUUGUCGUGUCAUUUGUGGUUGGGAUACUCUACGCUGUGCGGACGGUGAGGCAGAGCCGUUGUAUCGCGCGUGGAGGGGACGACACACGACGCGAUCGAGGCAAAUACGGGCAUUGCUUUUAACGGAACACGACACCCAGCAUAGACAGUCAGUAAUUGUAUCAAUACUUGAUGGACUUCUCAGCAAUGAUUUAUCGGAUGCGAUACGCAAAUUGGCUUCUUGGAGGGAAUCCACGUCGGGAAAUAAACGCUAUCAUUCAUAUUAUAGGGACAUAAUUUUCCUCGCAAUGACAGCCCUUGGGGAACAAAAUAUCGAUUUUGUAGCACUACAACGCGAGUAUACGCGAGCAUUAGAACAACUAGGAAGUGAGGCGAGACCUCAGGACUUACCUCCAUCACUCACGGCCGCCUAUUGUAGGCAUUAUUUCAAACGACUUAGACUUAAAGUAGAAGAAGUAUGAAUUCCGUUGGAACAAUUUUAAAGGGGAAUGUCCAGAUGCCCCGCUACAUAAUAUAAUAUUCAAAGUAUGCAAAAUAGAUUGCUGUUUAAUUUUAUUAUACUUUGUACAUGGUUUUAAAAUUUUGGUUUACACUUGAUACCUCUGAUUUAAAUUAUUCUCAAAUAAUU